CCGCGUCAUCAGAGCGCGCCCCCGACUCCCAUUGAGGUGGCGGCGCCGGGAGCGCCCCGAUCCUCACUCUGACACCAACACCACGAACAUCACCACGAACAUCACCAUCACUCCAACACCACUAACACCACCACGAACAUCACCAUCACUCCAACACCACUAACACCACCACGAACAUCACCAUCACUCCAACACCACUAACAUCACCACGAACAUCACCAUCACUCCAACACCACUAACACCACCACGAACAUCACCAUCACUCCAACACCACUAACAUCACCACGAACAUCACCAUCACUCCAACACCACUAACAUCACCAUUACUCCAACACCACCACUAACAUCACUCCAACACCAUCACCAACAUCAUCCCAACAUCACCACCACUAACAUCACCACCACCAACAUCAUCAUCACCCCGUGAGAUGCGCCCGCGUCGCGCUGCUCCGCGGCGGCUUCGCUGCGCAUCCCGACGGGAGCCGGCGCCCUAGAGCGGGACCCGGGGACCCCCCCCUCCUCGUCCUCCUCGCCGAGCCCCCCACCCCCCUCGCCCUCCUCGUUCUUCUCGCCGAGCCCCCUACCCCCCCACCCCCCUCGCCCUCCUCCUCCUCGCCGAGCCCCCCCCCUCUCGCCCUCCUCCUCCUCGCCGAGCCCCAGGCUCCCUCGCCCCCCACCCCACGAGGUCCUCCCGCGAUCCGCGGCACCCGGAGUCACGGGGCUCCAGGUCCUCGCCACGUCUCCUCCGCGUCCCGAGGAUCCGGACACGCAGGAGGAGAUGCCUCCGACGCCGAGGCGCGUGGCGUGCGCCAUGCUGUGCAACUUCGCGUCGUCCGUGGCCGUGGUGUUUCUCAACAAGUGGCUGUACGAGCACCACGGCUUCCCCAGCCUGAGCCUCACGCUCCUCCACUUCGCCUGCACGGCGCUCGGCCUCGAGCUGUGCCGCCGCAUGGCGCUCUUCGCCCCCCGGACGCUCUCCCCGCGCCAGCUGCUGCCCCUGGCGCUCAGCUUCUGCGGAUUCGUGGCGCUCACCAACCUGUCACUGAGGAGCAACACGGUGGGCACCUAUCAGCUCGCCAAGGCCAUGACCACGCCGGUCAUCGUGGCGCUGCAGACCGUCUUCUACGGGAGGCGCUUCUCAGCCAAGGUUCAGCUCACGUUGGUCCCCAUCACAAUGGGCGUUGUGCUGAACUCGUUCUACGACGUGCGGUUUAACGUCCUGGGGAGCGUGUAUGCUGCCCUGGGUGUCGUCGUCACCUCUCUCUACCAAGUGUGGGUGGGGGAGAAGCAAAAGGAGCUGCAGGUGAACUCCAUGCAGCUGCUCUACUACCAGGCACCCAUGUCGUGCGCGAUGCUGCUGUUCGUCGUGCCCCUGGCCGAGCCGCUCACGGGGCCGGGCGCCCUCCUCUCCCCCUGGUCCCUUGGCACCGUGGUGCUGGUGCUGCUGUCGGGAGUGGUGGCGUUCUCCGUCAACCUGUCCAUCUACUGGAUCAUUGGCAGCACCUCCCCCGUCACGUACAACAUGUUCGGGCACUUCAAGUUUUGCGUGACGCUGCUGGGAGGGUACCUGCUGUUCGAGGACCCGCUCUCCGCGUACCAGGCGCUCGGGAUCCUGUGCACGCUGGCCGGCAUCGCGGCCUACUCGCACAUCAAGCUGUCGGAGCAACGCGAGGCAGCGCGUAGCCGCCUGGGACAGAGGCCCUGACCACGUGUCUGCCUGCCACGUGUGUGUCGGUGUGACCGGGGCCAGCCGGGGCCAUCAGGGGUCAGCCAGGGCCAGCCAGGGCCAGCCAGGGCCAUCCAGGGCCUGCCAGGGUCAGCCAGGGUCAGCCCUGGGCUUAACUGCCGCUCGCUGGAGUGCGCAUGCUGGCAGUGGGGCCCUUGGAGAAUAAAACCCAAAUCUUCGUAUUUAAAAUGACCCUCAGUCUUUGAACUCUAACCUAAACAAGUAAAUCAACGUGCAAAUUUUGUUUUGUAAAAAGAUAGGUUUUAAACGUUUUCAUUGUAUUUAAGUCCAUUUAUGACCACACCGUUUCUAGCCGCUGCCGCUCCCUGUUGAGCCGGUAGCGAGUGAUGCGUAGAUGCGUAGUGUGGAGCGAGGAUGAAAUUAAUCACGCGGGGGUCACAGUGCUGACCGGGCAGCGUCUGCCUGCAUCGUGGCCACGCUCUGCCAUUAAAACCUAAGCCACGA